GAGUGCUGUUUUAUUUUCCCCUUUUCGUUCAUAUCGUUGGAUCCAGCGGUGUGCCGUUAGGGUUUGAAAAAUAAAUUUAUUUUUUUCUGUAAUUUGUUCAGAAUUCUGAAUCUGAAUUGUUGGAAUUCGUCGAUAUGAAGCUCACUGUGAAAACUCUCAAAGGCAGCCACUUCCAAAUCAGCGUCAAUCCCAACGACACCAUGAUGGCUGUCAAGAAGCGUAUUGAAGAUGUGCAAGGGAAAGAUAAUUAUCCAUGUGGUCAUCAGUUGUUGAUUCAUAAUGGUAAAGUAUUGAAAGACGAAAGCACUUUGGCUGAAAACAAGGUUUCUGAAGAUGGUUUUCUUGUUGUUAUGUUAAGCAAGAGCAAAAAUUUGGGUUCAAGUUCGUCAACAUCCUCACAGCAGCCUGCACCUACUGCUACACCAGCUAGCAACCCUUCUCCUGCAGCUGAAGCUCCAGCACCGGCACUGGUACCCAAGAACAACGAAUCAGCUUCCAUUGCUCAAACGACAGCUGACCCUGCAGUUCCUUAUUCAGAAGCUGCUUCCAAUUUAGUUGCUGGCAAUAAUCUUGAGCAGACUAUUCAGCAAUUAAUUGAUAUGGGCGGGGGUAGUUGGGACAAAGAGACAGUAACACGUGCACUCCGAGCCGCCUAUAACAAUCCAGAACGAGCAGUGGAUUAUCUGUAUUCUGGAAUCCCGGAGAGCACAGAGGUUGCGCUUCCUUUGGCUCAACCGGCAGCCAAUUCUCUUGCUACCUCUGGUCCACCUGCCUCGGGAGCACCAAAUUCAUCUCCAUUGAAUCUAUUUCCUCAGGAGACUGCUUCCGGAGCCUCUGGUGCUGGUGUUGGAUCCCUCGAGUUCCUCAGGAACAAUCAACAGUUUCAAGCACUGCGAUCACUUGUCCAAACUAAUCCACAAAUUCUUCAGCCCAUGCUUCUGGAGCUUGGAAAACAAAACCCUUCCCUUUUGAGACUCAUAGAAGAAAAUCACCAGGAGUUCCUCCAAUUAAUUGCCGACCCUAUUGAUGGUUCUGAAGGGGAUGCGUUUGAUCAGGCAGAGCCUGAGAUGCCUCAUGCUGUUAGUGUGACACCAGCCGAGCAGGAAGCCAUUGAAAGGAUGGAGGCAAUGGGGUUCGACAGAGCUUCUGUGAUCGAGGCAUUCUUAGCCUGUGAUCGCAACGAGGAGCUAGCAGUGAACUACCUGUUGGAGAACAAUGGAGAUUUUGAGGAUUGAAUGGAACUUCCUCUCACUGGAAGUUAAAGACAUUGAUUUUUCAUUUAACAGAGGUUUCAACAAUUUUUGUCUUUUCCACACCAAGAAAAGAUGUUUGUGUUGAUGACUGGAUUGGAUUGGAUUGGGAAAGAGAUUCUGUUUUCUUUUCUAUUUUAUUUAUUAUUAUGUUUUCACCAAAAAUGGUUGAAUUUUUUUAAAAAGAAAAAGGCAUACCUACAUUUGCCCUA